CGCCGGUGGACUGCGUCUCCGGAAGUCCCCGCGGUAGUUCCGUUCCCAUCUUCCCUCUCGGUCUUCGCGCUCUGUCUGGCAAGGUCGCGGAGGAAGGGGACUGUACCGGUGCGGCCGCUUCUUCCGCCUUCCCGCGCUGCGCCCCUCGCAGAGCUCCCAGCGGCGCCAUGUUGGGCCAGAGCGUGCGGAGGUUCGCCACCUCCGUGGUCCGCCGCAGCCACUAUGAGGAGGGCCCGGGGAAGAAUUUGCCAUUUUCGGUGGAAAACAAGUGGCGAUUACUGGCCAUGAUGACUGUGUACUUUGGAUCUGGAUUUGCUGCUCCUUUCUUUAUUGUAAGGCACCAGCUACUUAAAAAAUAAGGAUACUUUAAUUCAUCCCCUUAACAGAGUGAAGAUUGUUUAAGAGAUGUGAUCUGAAAAUUGGAUUAAACUCUUAAACUCUUAUUACUAAAUAAAAUUGUAAAUAAACUAG